AUGGAUGCUACGGCCGCCGCGGGAGCUGCCAUCUCCAGGACGGGCCUCGGGAACGAGACCCAUAUUCGCCUGAAAUCCUUCACAGCAAUUUUCUGGAGUGAAAGGAUGUUAGCUCUGGUCACGCAGUCAAACUCCAGCUCUGGGAACACAGUGAGUAACCUGAUUUUCAUUCUACCUCCAAUCUAUGGUGCGAUUCAGACCUAUAAAGAUGGCCUUGAAAAGCGGUAUUUAGCUGCAUAUUUGUGUCUUACAGCUGUUGGAUUGGGAUCUUGGUGCUUCCACAUGACCCUGAAGUAUGAAAUGCAGCUGUUGGAUGAACUGCCAAUGAUAUACAGUUGUUGUGUGUUUGUCUACUGCCUGUAUGAAUGUUUCAAGUACAAGAACACAGUCAAUUAUCCACUGCUUUUCUUGUUAAUAACAUACAGCUUCGUAGUCAGCAUAAACAAGUCUUGGUUCUUAAAUUUGAAAGAGCCUGUAUUCCAUCAGAUCAUGUAUGGAACACUAGUUUCUAUUAUAGUUCUACGAUCUGUGUAUAUAGUAUUAUGGGUAUACCCAUGGCUUAGAGGUCUAGGCUAUACAUCUUUAACUGUAUUUUUAAUGGGAUUUUUUCUUUGGAAUGUGGACAACAUUUUCUGUGAUAAAUUGAGAGCACUACGAGAGAAGAUGCCUCCCGUUGUGGGAGCUGUGACACAGUUUCAUGCAUGGUGGCAUAUUCUCACAGGCCUGGGCUCUUACCUUCAUAUCUUGCUGAGUUUAUACACAAGGACACUUUUCCUGAAACACAGGCCGAAGGUGAAGUUUGUUUUUGGAAUAUGGCCUGUUCUUCUUGUGGAGCCGCCCAAGAAGCUUUGACUGAGACCUAGGCAGUCACAUGCGAUCACCUAGCCUGGCUGAAUAAAGCGAUUCAACGGUUCCUAUGGCUGAAGUGUCAAAAUUAUGGAUCAGUUCAAGUACCACUGCUAUAAAAGGACUUCUCUGUGUUAUUAGGCCAGCCGGCCGGACCAGAGCAAAGAGUUGGCACACAAGGGAAAUAAUGUUUAGUACAACUUUAUUCUAAGUUGUUAAAAACAAAGAGUAAGACAAAAUAUUUUUAUGUAUAUAUUGUAUAGCUGAUGAUACUGAGCUAAUAUUUCGUGCUGGUCACAGAAAACUAACCAUUUUUGAAGUGGAUUGCAUACGUUUUUUCAUUCAGUUGUUGUUCUUUCUGUGGUUUAAACUAAUAUUAGUAACUGAAUGACAAAACCAGGCCGUUGAUGGCCAAGCUAAGCAUUUGUGUGGCCUAUAGUGAACUGAAUGCUUAACCUGAACUACUUUAAUCUUGCACUUUUAUACAAUUAAUGAAGUAUGUAAUGGUUGAUUUAGGGCUUUAUUCUAUCUUGCUUUUCCACAGCCUCCUUUGCAAUUUAUAUUUGAAGUGAAACGGUUGGGAAGCCUGUGCCGUUUAGUUCAUUUUGUACCAAGCUUC